AAACAGGGAGGUGCGGAAGCAGGAGAAGAGGGAAAAAAAAGUAGGAAAAAAGGAAGAGGGAAGCCGUCCCCAAAUUGUGCCAAGUCUGGGGGCGAGCAGGGAUGGUGCACCCCGGCUGGCUUUGCCUGCUGCAGGGCUCCCUCCUCCUGCUGGCCAGAGCGCGGCAGAGCCGCGGCCCCGCCGGCGCCUGCCCGCUCCGCGGAAAGCAAAGCGAGCUGAACUCUUUCCUGUGGACCAUCAAGAGAGAUCCCCCGUCUUACUUCUUUGGCACCAUCCAUGUCCCGUACACGCGUGUCUGGGAUUUCAUCCCAGAGAACUCCAAGAAGGCCUUCCAGCAGAGCCACAUCGUGUACUUCGAGCUGGACCUCACCGACCCCUACACCAUCUCAGCUCUCACCAGCUGCCAGCUCCUGCCACAGGGGGAGAACCUGCAGGACGUGCUGCCCCGUGACAUCUACCGCCGGCUCAAGCGGCACCUGGAGUACGUCAAGCUCAUGAUGCCGUCCUGGAUGACCCCAGACCAGCGGGGCAAAGGGCUGUAUGCAGACUACCUCUUCAAUGCCAUUGCUGGCAACUGGGAGCGGAAGAGGCCGGUGUGGGUGAUGCUGAUGGUGAACUCUCUGACGGAAGUAGACAUCAAGUCGCGAGGUGUGCCUGUCCUGGAUCUGUACCUGGCCCAGGAAGCAGAGCGGCUGAGGAAGCAAACGGGUGCUGUGGAGAAAGUAGAGGAGCAGUGCCACCCACUUAAUGGGCUGAACUUCUCCCAGGUGGUCUUUGCUUUGAAUCAGACUCUCUUGCAGCAGGAGAGCCUCCGAGCAGGCAGUUUCCAGAUCCCCUAUACGACAGAAGACCUUAUCAAGCAUUACAACUGUGGGGACCUCAGCUCCAUCAUCUUCAACCAUGACACUUCUCAAGUCCCAAAUUUCAUUAAUGCUACACUUCCAGCCCAUGAACGCAUUACUGCCCAAGAGAUAGACAGCUACUUCCGUCAGGAGCUCAUCUACAAGCGAAAUGAGCGAAUGGGCAGGAGGGUGAAGGACCUGCUGGAAGAGUACCCAGACAAGAGUUUCUUCUUUGCAUUUGGAGCUGGUCACUUCAUGGGCAACAACACAGUGAUUGAUGUCUUGAGGAGAGAAGGGUAUGAGGUAGAACACACUCCAGCUGGACAAGCCAUCAACAACAGAAACACCCCCAAAACCUUGUUAGCCUUUUCAUCGUCAUCACCGGCACACAGCCCCUAUGUCGCGUCCCAGGAGCUCCCACUGCCAUUGCACCCCCGGAAGAAGGAGGAGGAGGAAGAGCUCCUGCCUCACCUGCUGCUCCCUGACAGCAUUGACGUGCUGGAGAAGGUAGACAGGAAGUACAAAAAGAAGAAGAAGAAGCAGCAGAAGAAGCGAAGGCUGCGACAGUUUAAUGACCUCUGGGUUCGCCUUGAAGAAAGUGCUACCGACCCUCCUCCCCGGAUCCGCAUCAUUAACGGCUACAUCACAGUCGAACCCCAGCCCCGGGGCCACGGACGGUCUAGUCACGCUCAUGCAGACACUGGCAGUGCUCACCAGCUUUCCCGUUCUCUCUUCCUCCCACUACUGACUUUGACUUUGCAUAUGAUAAGGCUGCAUUGAAACACAGGGAAGCCAAGCUACAGGGCUCUCGCCUUAAAAAGCAAAAAAGAAACUUAUGUGAAAAAACAAAAAUAGAAGACUCUGAGAGGGACACCUGUUCUUUGGGGUGUUCUUAAACUGCCUCCUUUUCCUGAAUCUGGAUCAUUAACACUAUUAACUGGUUUGACCUGCCCAAUACAGGAGAAGACAUUUUAAUGAAAGUGUUAUUUAUCCUUCUCUUGCAGAAGAAUGAUUUCAUGUUAUCCCAUAAUGCUUUGGGGAAAUUAUAAUGUUGCUAUAACAUAGCUGUUGUUUAGCUGUAUGAGCCCAACUAAAUUACAUUUUUUUCACCUUCAGUGCCUUGUAAGAAGAUUUACACACCAACAACUUGUUCAUUAGAAUAGAAUAUUUUGGUCAUAUGAGCACAGCUGGGAAAGAGAGGUUGGUAUUUUAUGUCUCUACUGGUGAUGCUUUUAAUUCUUGCUUGUUAGGGCUCCAGGUUACAUAUAAAGGUUCAUGACAACACCUUCUACAAUUGAAUAAAACAGUAAAGACUUGU